CUGCGCAGUCACGCGGCAGUCCAGACGGGAUAAGAUGGCGGCGAUGCGGGCUAUGCGAGGGAUGGUGAACGGCGCCGUCUCGGAGUUGAGCGGCGGAGGCGCGACGCGGGAUCAGGCGGCCGCCGUCACCCGCGAUUACAUCUCUCAACCCCGCCUCACAUAUAAAACAGUAUCUGGAGUUAAUGGACCGCUCGUAAUCCUGGAUCAAGUGAAGUUUCCCAGGUAUGCAGAGAUUGUGCAUUUGACACUCCCUGAUGGAACAAAGAGAAGUGGACAAGUCCUAGAAGUCAGUGGAUCCAAAGCUGUAGUUCAGGUGUUUGAAGGAACUUCGGGAAUCGAUGCUAAGAGAACAUCUUGUGAAUUCACUGGGGAUAUCCUUCGAACCCCGGUGUCUGAAGAUAUGCUCGGACGUGUGUUUAAUGGCUCAGGAAAACCUAUAGACAGAGGUCCUGUAGUCUUGGCCGAAGACUAUCUUGAUAUCAUGGGUCAGCCUAUCAAUCCUCAGUGUCGAAUCUAUCCAGAAGAAAUGAUUCAGACUGGCAUUUCUGCUAUAGAUGGUAUGAACAGUAUUGCCAGAGGCCAGAAAAUCCCCAUUUUCUCUGCUGCUGGAUUGCCCCAUAAUGAGAUAGCUGCUCAGAUCUGUCGUCAGGCAGGCUUGGUGAAGAAAUCCAAAGAUGUGGUGGACUACAGUGCUGACAACUUUGCCAUUGUAUUUGCUGCAAUGGGAGUGAACAUGGAAACAGCUCGGUUUUUCAAAUCUGACUUUGAAGAAAACGGGUCCAUGGACAACGUGUGUCUGUUCUUGAAUUUGGCUAAUGAUCCAACCAUUGAACGGAUAAUCACUCCUCGACUUGCACUGACCGCUGCAGAAUUCUUGGCUUAUCAGUGUGAAAAGCAUGUGUUGGUCAUUCUGACAGAUAUGAGUUCCUACGCAGAAGCUCUGAGAGAGGUCUCAGCUGCCAGAGAAGAAGUCCCAGGCCGGCGUGGUUUUCCUGGCUACAUGUACACAGAUUUGGCCACAAUCUAUGAACGAGCUGGACGAGUAGAAGGCAGGAGCGGGUCCAUUACCCAGAUUCCCAUUCUUACCAUGCCCAAUGAUGAUAUAACACAUCCUAUUCCUGAUUUAACGGGAUAUAUUACCGAAGGCCAAAUCUAUGUAGACAGACAGCUGCACAACCGACAGAUUUACCCACCCAUCAAUGUACUUCCUUCUUUGUCUCGAUUGAUGAAAUCUGCUAUUGGGGAGGGAAUGACCAGAAAGGAUCAUGCUGAAGUAUCAAACCAGCUGUAUGCCUGCUAUGCCAUUGGGAAGGAUGUCCAAGCCAUGAAGGCAGUAGUAGGAGAAGAAGCACUUACUUCUGAUGAUCUUCUCUACCUUGAAUUUCUGCAGAAGUUUGAGAGGAACUUCAUUGCUCAGGGGCCCUAUGAAAACCGCACUGUUUAUGAAACACUGGACAUUGGCUGGCAGUUGCUACGUAUUUUCCCCAAGGAGAUGCUGAAGAGGAUUCCUCAGAGCACUUUGGCAGAGUUCUAUCCCCGAGACUCCACUGCAAAACAUUAGCUUGCUCCUUUUGCUCCCCCCCAAAAAUACUGGAUUUUUCCCCCUUCCCUUGUGUUGAUGUUUACUUGUCAGCCCUGUAAUUAAACCAAGAAUAAGUGACAUAUUUGUGCCAGUGUUGCUGAUGUUUUAAGAUGAAGUUAUAACAGAGUUUAAAAUACUCUCCUUUUCAAACACUGGUAUCUUGAGUGGUUUAAUACACCUGGGAGGAAAUGGUAUAUUUUCAGAAUUAUCUUUGCUUUCCUGCAAGGGGUUUUUUUUUUCUUCUCCUUUAUGUGGUCAUGAAGAGCUGGCUGCCAUGCCAUUUUCGGACUGUUGGGGCAUAAGAAAAAUCAUCUAGUUGUGGAGGGAAAAGCUAGACCCAUCAAAAAUUGAGAAAAGUUGUAUUCCUUGUCCACUUGGGAGUUUUGGUAUUUGGGAGUUACUCCACUCUUAAGCCAUUCUGCAAACAAGUGGGCAAGAGAAAGCCAUCCACCAGGUUACCAUGGCUACUGGUAGCAUUUCAAGCCCACAAAGCGGCAUUGGCUUCAGCUACUAUAUGGCUAGGAAAUUGCCCAACAGUGAUUUUGCAAUAUUUGCACAUCCUGUUGCUUGCCCAGAAAAAGUACAUGAUUCCUAUCUCUUCUGUGAAAACAUGGCCUAAGGACUACUUUCCAGGUGGCCAGUCCCAUUGCCCGGCUGCACAUUUACAGAGUUGUAGACGUAAAUACGAAACAGCAGCAAAACGGGAGUUUCCUCCUCCCUUUUUUUCCUAUACUUCAUUGCAAAGUAAUCAAGGCAGAGGACAAUGUUGGCGAGGGUAAGGAUGCCUGCAGCUAACGAGUAUCUUGUUUGGUACAGCAUUGGUCUUCAAAAUAUGAGGGGUCCUUGGUGCUCUCUGACCUGGGUUGUUUUCUUGCAGACAUUUCAUUACCCAAACUAAGUAACAUCAUCAGUGCUAGUAAGGAGUGUGGUUUGCUGUCGGUUUAUAUUCUAGUGGUUUGCCCUGUCAAUGUUGUUGGAGAUGAUCUUAGAGAUUAUUUGGUUGGGUUGUUUACUGUGGGUGCUUUGGCAGUUUUUUGAUUGGGUUAUCAAGAAACUGCCAAAGAGCCAACAGUAAACAGCCCAACCAAAUGAAGACCACCCCACCAACACUGAGAGGCAAGCCACCAGAAUAUAAUUUGAGAACAAAGAUCACUCGUUAUCAGCACUGCUGAUAUUACCUAGUUGGGUCGUGAAAUCUCUGCAAGAAAACAAACCAACUCAGAGAGCACCAAGGACCCCUCAUAUCAAUCCUGAGCUAAUUUUUUUUCCUUUAUUAGUCUUCAAAAUACUCUGAAAAAGGCCCAAUGUUUUCCAACUGCAGCAGACCCUUAUGUUUGAACAAAGCUGAGGAGCCUUUGCUUGAAAUAUGCAUGGAUUGUUUCAAAGUUUAGACCAAGGGGUCCUCUUGUUCAAUCCCUAAUGAUCCAGAAAGUAAGAAGGCACACUGAACAUGCAAAGGGCCAUUUUAAAGUCUGUUAUCGAGAGACCCUUUGGAAGGUAUUUAGGUUUGAACCCUACUCCAACCUUGGAUUUUUCUUUAAACCAUCUUCCAAAGGUGAAGUUCACUAGCCAUUGAGCACAGUUCUAAACAUUGCUUUGGCACUAGUCAGCAGAUGGGGUUGGCAACCCAAUGCUUUUGUAGAAUGGGCUUGCAUGACUUUCAAAGCCUAGAGGCAAAUACGAGGUACAUUUUCACCUUGGUUUUGGUUUCCAGCCUAUUCCUGGUGGCCUCUACCAGCACUCCCAAUUUUGGUGAUCCAGAUCACAAAACUACAGGACAAUAUCCCAGAUCCCACUUGGGUGUUGCUUGGAAAGGUUUGUGAUGGUUAAGGCUGCAAAGACUGUCGAUCCCAACAUGUCACCCCUUUGGCCCCCCCGAGCUUUGUCCUAUGCAGAUCUUCUUUGUACUGUUUUGUUCUGUGUGCUCUGUAACUUGGGUGCAGUAGCCUCCUCCCCCUUUUUACUCUUGAUGCAUUCCAUCGAAGUUGUGUCAAUUCUAUUUUUCUCUGAAUCUGGGGAGGGUUGGGAAUCAUGGGGAUGGGGAAAUAGCAUGGAAAUAUUUUAAUGUAAAAAACUGUGAUACCUGAGUAAGUUAAACAUGAUCAAUAAAUGUUAAAGAAAAUGGGA